AUGUUUUAUUUGAGUUUACUCUUUCUGAUGAGCUUAUGUUCUGAAGAUUUAAAGAUUUUAGAAACUAAGGAAUCUUCAGAAACCUUUACAAUUCACUAAGGAGAACCAAAUAUCAUUUACUGGAUGCCAGAAGCUGAUAAUGCCAUAUUAAUGCCAUUGUAAGACAAGAGCUUUUGUUAAGUGAAACAAUAAACAGUUUAAACUGAAACUUAGCAAUUUACAAUUAUAUAAUCAGAUGAUUUUAAAGAUUAUGAAUUUGAGAUUGAUACUCCAUUAAAUUUUCGAGAAUUUAUUGGGAUGGUCCACAUUAAUGAUGGAAUGUUGGCAAUAACUUCAGAUGCAAUAGCAUAUUUAAUAAAAUUCAACUAUGAUAAUGUUAUAUCAAGUUAAGGAUUUACAAGUUAUGGAAAUUCUAAGGAUUUUGCAGGUGUAAUUUGGAAGGCCAAUCUUCAACCAGUACUAACAUCGAUAGAGUCAAGAGAUGAGUUACCACAAUUGGUCUAUUCAAAAAAAAAUAAUUUAGCCUUUGUAUUAUAUUCGGAUAGUGCAUAAUUCUUUAGUGUGUCAGAAAUGGAGAAAAAUGAGAAAACUAUGCAUGUUAAUUAGAUUUCUAAUUGGAUUCAAAGAGAGGAGAGAGGACUGACCAAAGAAAUAGAUGGUUAUGUAUUUUCGGCUGUUGGCAAAGCAGGAAUGGAUAUCUAUGAAAUAAAGGAGAGCGACGUAACUUUUAGGUAUACAGUAACAUAAAAAGAUUUGAAAUUGUAGAGGGCUCAGUUAGAAUUAAAGGAUUUUGCAGUUUUCAAAGUAAAAGAUGGAUAAUAUUAACUAUAUUUGCUUGACGCUAAAAAAGGUUUAAUUUUAGCUUAUAUGUAUAUCAAUUCAUCGGAAUUUAAAUUUGAACUAGUAAUGAGUUUAGAAGAGUAAAGAGGUGGAAUAGCUGUGGAUACAAAGAAUGGUCAGAAUAUAUUUGCAGCUUUUGAAUAGAAUGGAAUCUACUUUUAUAUUGAAUACCUUGUAAAUUUUAGUUAGAAAAUAUUUUCAAUUAUUACAAAAUAAGUGAGCAAUUAUAGAAUAGUUGAUGUUGAUGCUACAGAUGAAUUUGCUAUUAUAAGCGGUGUUAAUCAUCAUUAGAUUGUGUUUAAUAAUGGUUAUGACUUUUUAGCCCCAAAUAAAGAAAAGAUAUUAUUUACCUAAAUAGGGAUGAGAGAUUUUCAAUUUUUUUAGUACACUUACGAAGAAGAUCAAUUAAAGGAGGCUGUUAGAGAUGAAUAUUAAUAUGAUGACUUCUUUUUUGGAGUAACUGCAACUAAUGCUUUUUUGACCAAAUUUAGAUUUGUUCCUGCAAGAGUAGUUUGUUUUGCAGAUCAAAAUGUGGAGGAAUGGUCGAAAUAAUAUUAUACUUUAUAAUUCAAUAAAUCACAAGUCGUAAAUAAUAGUAUUUCCGCAAAUUAAUUGAUUCGAACAACAAAAAAUUUCGCAGUGUAAGUCGUAACAACUUAUUUAUUUGCUUAAUAAUGGAAACUAAUUAGAAUCUUGCUCAUAACAUUAGGGGGAAUCAUAUUAAUUUCUGUUGGAAUAGUUUUAUUCUAAUUUAGAAAGUAUAGAAUUCAAGAGGCAUAAUUAGAUACUGAACUUAGUUAACACCAAUAAAAAUCUGUUGAUGAAAGUGGAACAAAACUUAAUGACUCCUCAGUCAUUAUCAAGGUUCAAAAAGUGGAGUGA